AUAAAUAUCAAAGACAUGCCGGCAUUCCUCUCAUUUGGUACUUAGUCUUCUCCUUCAAUUUUCUCUCUUACCAACUUCAAACAUAAAAGCACAAAAACAACAAGAAGAAGAAGAAAUGGGCAGAUCAUCUUCAUCACCUUCUUCAUCAAUCGAUAGCACCAGCAACCUAACCCCACUCUCCCCCUCGUCUCCCAAUUCUUCGUCGUCUUCAUCUUCGAUCUGCCUCUCAAGCAACUUCACCAGCCGAACCACGAGAAGAUCAAUCCGGAGAGACUUGAGCACUGAUCUAAGGCUUGGACUCAGCAUCUCCUCCUCCCCCAAACAUGUCCUCCCCAACAACAACGUUGUCUCAAUCCAAAGGGUUGACAACCAGCAACGGCCUGACUGGCCGCCCAUCAAGCCGCUCCUGAGGAGCGCGCUUUCGGGGAGAUCGGCCGAGGAGAGACAUGGGGCCGCCAGCUCCCUGUUCGUCAAGGUGUACAUGGAAGGGGUCCCGAUCGGGCGGAAACUGGACCUACUCAACCACGACGGAUACGCUAAUCUCGCCGAAACUCUUGCCCACAUGUUCAAGGCUCCCAUUCUCUGUCCAAAUGGAAGUAGAGCUCACUCCGACAAGCAUUAUGUUUUAACGUAUGAAGACAGAGAAGGGGACUGGAUGAUGGUUGGAGAUGUCCCGUGGGAGAUAUUCAUGAGCACAGUGAAGAGACUGAAGAUCACACGAGCUGACAGAUGCUAGAGAAGAUUCGAUAUCUAUUCUUUCGGCAUGUGAAUAUAUAUAGACAUCCUAAAUGCUGCAUAUACUAAUUUUUUGCAAAUUUAGGGAGAAAAUCGAACAUAUAUAUUGUCAGCUAGGAAGAAAGUAGUAGAUGUACAUUUUAGACAAUUACCCGAGACUCUUGGAAUUCUAUAAAUUAUAUAACUCUACAUAGUUUAUAUAUUUAUACGUUUCAUUGGAAGUCAUUGUUGAAGAAACCAGUCUUUCACUUGAUCUGUUGAUCCCUCUA